UUCAAUUGCCUCGUGAAUUUAUUUGGUUUUGUCACUCGAAUUAUGCAAAAUCCGCUCGUAGAGCUCGGAAUGGCCAUGUCGACUGGCCACUCUCGUUCGCGGGUUUCUCUUCGAUCGCUCCCUCAUCAUGCUUCAUGCACUCUGGUGAUUCGUUACUGUUCUUUUGAGUUUACCCUCUAUUGCAUAGGAAUUGCGAUUGCAGAGAUUGAUCUGGCUCUUUCCAUUCGAUCUCGACCUGACUGAACUGAGACGCUGUGGACCUUUUGCAGUCAGAGGCUCUGAUCUUCGUUUAGUGGUUUAAAGCCCUGGAUAGCUUGCGAAGCUAAAGUUAUGUCUCCUCAAGUGGUGAUGAGUUUCGAUCACUGAGACUGUUUCAACUCUUGAAGAGACCCAGCUGAUCAUGGCAGUCUCUGGUGGAAAAAGACUUUGUGGCAGUGAGUUGAAUUGAUGACUGUUCGGUUAAGUCAGGGCAUCUGAAGGCACAUCCGUUACUGUGGUGUCCUUUGAGCAGCCUAAAGUAUGAGAGUGUUGCUAGGUGAUUAUUUUCUUUGGAGUCUAUAUUUGUUUUUCAUUAUGUUCUAAUGGGGAAACUUGCUCACAGAAGCGACUAUGGAUCGGUUGUGAAGUUCUGGUAGUUAGUGAUUUUUCAGUCCAUCGAGUUCUGAGUGCUAACUCUCAUCAAAUCGGCCAAAAAAGGAUAUGGUAAUGGCUUCAUCAGUGAAAGUGGUUCUCGGGUCUAUCGCCUUUGCGGCCUUCUGGGUAUUGGCGGUUUUCCCAGCUGUCCCGGUUAUGCCGAUCGGGAGGACUGCUGGCUCCCUUCUGGGGGCGAUGCUCAUGGUCAUUUUUAGGGUCAUAACGCCCGAUGAAGCUUAUGCAGCGAUCGACCUCCCAAUCCUUGGUCUCCUGUUUGGGACGAUGGUUGUUAGCGUGUAUCUUGAAAAGGCGGACAUGUUUCAGUACCUGGGCAAGUUGCUCUCGUGGAAAAGCAGGGGAGCCCGAGACUUGCUUUGCCGUAUCUGCAUAAUAUCCGCCAUAUCCAGCGCCCUAUUCACCAACGAUACCUCCUGUGUCGUCUUGACCGAGUUUGUCUUGAAAAUAGCCAGGCAACAUAAUCUUCCUCCUCAUCCGUUUCUACUUGCUCUUGCCUCAAGUGCGAAUAUUGGGUCUGCGGCGACUCCAAUUGGCAAUCCUCAAAACCUGAUUAUAGCUGUUCAGAGCAAGAUUUCGUUUGGAAGAUUUCUUUUUGGCCUUCUUCCUGCGAUGCUGGUGGGGCUUUUUGUCAAUGCUUUGAUUCUACUAUGCAUGUAUUGGAAGCUACUAUCCAUUCAAAAGGACGAAGAAGAUGCUACUAGCGAAGUGGUUGCUGAGCAGGAUGUGAAUUCUCAUCGCUUUUCACCCGCAACAAUGUCACAUCUUUCGUCCUUAAAUUCUCAGGAAUGGAACUCUAGGUUGGAGUCCAUGAAUACGCAAGGCUCUCCCAUCAUGAAUGUUAACACCCCAGCUCAAACUGAGACACUCAGAAGCCGCUUGGCUCUGAAUGAAGGUGAAAUCCAUAGGGUCCUGAGCGGCACACUUGACUCAGCAAGAAAUUCAAAUGUGUCGAAGGAGGCGAUAACUGAUUCAUCUUCGCAGAAAAAAAAUGAGAAUGCUUUGUCACAGAGGGUGCUCUCAAUGACGUACUCGCAAGGGAAGGAAACCUUGGCCGCUAGAUGGAAAAGAAUGUUAUGGAAAUCAUGCGUUUACCUGAUCACCAUAGGAAUGUUGGUGUCAUUGUUAAUCGGUCUGAACAUGUCUUGGACUGCCAUUACAGCAGCGCUUGCUCUUGUUGUCCUCGAUUUUAGGGAUGCACGACCAUGCCUAGAGAAGGUUUCUUACUCUCUUUUGAUAUUCUUUUGUGGAAUGUUCAUUACGGUCGAAGGAUUUAAUAAAACUGGAAUUCCAAGCAGUCUCUGGGACCUCAUGGAACCCUAUUCCAAAAUUGAUCAUGCUAGUGGGACGGCGGUUCUGGCUGCUGUCAUACUGGUUCUCUCGAAUGUGGCUUCAAAUGUGCCAACAGUUCUCUUGCUUGGAGGACGGGUAGCGGCAUCUGCAGCUGCAAUCUCUGCAGCCGAAGAAAAGAAGUCAUGGCUCAUCCUGGCUUGGGUCAGCACGGUGGCCGGGAAUCUCUCAUUGUUGGGAUCGGCCGCCAACUUGAUCGUGUGUGAGCAAGCGCACCGCACCCCGCACCUUGGGUACACCUUAUCCUUCUGGACCCAUCUCGUGUUUGGGUUUCCUUCCACAGUUAUAGUGACCGCCAUUGGGUUGAUUCUCAUAAGAUGAUACGAUUACCACUGCAUCCUGUAAAGUUGGCAAACGUUCGUUGGCCACUGUUUGUGAGUGUGCUUCGUUAGAUAAUACACUGAAGAGGUGACACUGUACAUUUUCUUGUCCUGCCCUGGCCUUCUUUUUUGACCCCUGAUGUUGCAUAUUUCUGUUCUUCUCUUUAAGGUAAAAAAAAAAAAAAAAAAAAAAA